AUGCGUCAGAAAGUGGGCUCACUUCCGGCCUGGGAGCGCGCGGGUUGAUUCGUCCUCCCUCAGCCGCGGGUGCUCGCAGCUCGGAAAUGGCGGGAUUUGGUGCUAUGGAGAAAUUUUUGGUUGAAUACAAGAGUGCAGUUGAGAAGAAACUGGCCGAGUACAAAUGUAACACCAACACAGCAAUUGAACUAAAAUUAGUUCGUUUUCCUGAAGAUCUUGAGAAUGACAUUAGAACUUUCUUUCCUGAGUAUACCCAUCAACUCUUUGGGGAUGAUGAAACUGCUUUUGGUUACAAAGGUCUGAAGAUCUUGUUAUAUUAUAUUGCUGGUAGCCUAUCAACAAUGUUCCGUGUUGAAUAUGCAUCUAAAGUUGAUGAGAACUUUGACUGUGUAGAGGCAGAUGAUGUUGAGGGCAAAAUUAGACAAAUCAUUCCACCUGGAUUUUGCACAAACACAAAUGAUUUUCUUUCACUGCUGGAAAAAGAAGCUGAUUUUAAGCCAUUUGGAACCUUACUUCACACAUACUCUGUUCUCAGUCCAACAGGAGGAGAAAACUUUACCUUUCAGAUUUAUAAGGCUGACAUGACAUGUAGAGGCUUUCGAGAAUAUCAUGAAAGGCUUCAGACCUUUUUGAUGUGGUUUAUUGAAACUGCUAGCUUUAUUGACGUGGAUGAUGAAAGAUGGCACUACUUUCUAGUAUUUGAGAAGUAUAAUAAGGAUGGAGCUACACUCUUUGCGACCGUAGGCUACAUGACAGUCUAUAAUUACUAUGUGUACCCAGACAAAACCCGGCCACGUGUAAGUCAAAUGCUGAUAUUGACUCCAUUUCAAGGUCAAGGCCAUGGUGCUCAACUUCUUGAAACAGUUCACAGAUACUACAUUGCAUCUCCUUCUGUUCUUGAUAUUACAGCGGAAGAUCCAUCCAAAAGCUAUGUGAAAUUGAGAGACUUUGUGCUUGUGAAGUUUUGUCAAGAUUUGCCCUGUUUUUCCCGGGAAAAGUUAAUGCAAGGAUUCAAUGAAGAUAUGGCAAUAGAGGCUCAACAGAAGUUCAAAAUAAAUAAGCAACAUGCAAGACGGGUUUAUGAAAUUCUUCGACUACUGGUAACUGACAUGAGUGAUGCUGAACAAUACAGAAGCUAUAGACUGGAUAUUAAAAGAAGACUAAUUAGCCCAUAUAAGAAAAAACAGAGAGACCUUGCUAAAAUGAGAAAAUGUCUCAGACCGGAAGAACUGACAAACCAGAUGAACCAGAUAGAAAUAAAUAUGCAACAUGAACAGCUGGAAGAAAGCUUUCAGGAACUUGUGGAAGAUUAUCGACGUGUCAUUGAACGCCUCGCUCAAGAGUAGAGGUUAUACUGCUCUGUACAGAAAGUUUGCAAAUUUCUGUACAUGUGUUGUGAAAAUCAGAUGAUGACUUUAAUUUUAAAAAAUCUUGUAACAUUUUGCUUACAUUAAAAGUUAUCUAUCUUUAGUUGAAUAUUUUCUUUUGGAGAGAUUGUAUAUUUUAAAAUACUGUUUAGAGUUUAUGAGCAUAUAUUACAUUUAAAAAGAUAUAGCUUCUGAAAUACCACUGCAAUUACUUCCCUUCUUAAAUAGUGUAAUAAAUGCUUAGUUAUGAUAUGUUAAUGUGUGCUGAUAUGAUUUUUGAAUACUUAUGAUUAACUUCUUCCAUCUUGUUAAAAACCUUUAGGUUUUAAGCUUUUAUUAUUCCUCCCACACUUUGCUUCUAAGCUUUUAACACAUUUCUUUAAGGUCUUCCUAGUAAUCUUUGUCUUGCUAUGUGAUUUUUCUAAGUAGAAAAUGCUCUAAAAGUAGAAUUGUUUUAAAUAAACUAUUAAUCACUUGUUAGGAGUGGGGUGGGUAAGAGCGAGAAGGGAAACUAAAUACAGCCUGAAACCUAGAUGUUUGGCACCAAAUAUUAAUUGAAGAUAAUUCAGAAGUUGCCAUAAACAUUUUAUAAAUAGUAAAAUACAAAUCAGUUAACAAAAGUCUAGUUUACACACUGCUGUUGAAAUAUGUAAAAUGAGGUUGUGAUUUAAUGUAAGGUUAUCAAGAUGUUGAAGUCUAAGAAGGAAAAAAAAAAGAUAAAUUGCUUAAUAUAGUCCUUAUUUUAUUGAAGCAGAACUAAAUAAGUUGCUUGAUGGUCAUUAAAAGUAAAGCCUUGAUUUUUUUAACGUGUGCCAGUAAGCCAAGUAUUGUAUGACAUUAAAAAUGGGAUGUAAGUUGAA